UGUUAUUUUUAUUAUUAAUAUGUAGAUAUUUUUAAUUGAGUAUAUAAAAAAAAAUUCCAACAAGAAAAAUUAAAAAGAAUUACCAGCUUUACAAAUGCUCUACACAUCAAUGCAACAACAAAACAAAAUGCAAACCAAAUUUCAACAUGGCUUUAGCUUGUGGUUAAAUGGCAGCCUAAAAUUAAAUAACUAAACUUAUGGCAGCGUGGGGGGUUGGAAGAUAAUAGUUUUGUUUAUAUACAACUAGUGUUCAUUUUAAAUUGAAUUUACAUUGUGUAUUUUCCCAUGAGUUUCGAUUGUGUCGUUCCGACUUCAUUUUUAUCGUUAUUGGUAGGCGCAGGUGAGGUGAUAAGCUUGUCAAUAAUCAAAAUUUAAAGAUGAAUGAAUAAGUUGUUACCGGAAAUUUCAUAAAUCUCCAACAAUGAAGAGAUGUUUGUUUCUUUGGGUGUAAAGUAAUAAUGCUGAGUUCAAUAUGAAGGAAAAGGACAUGAUAGGAGGAUGCUGUGUCUGCUCAGACGAGCGAGGUUGGCCUGACAACCCGCUCGUCUACUGCGACGGCAACGGUUGCACAGUUGCGGUCCACCAAGCAUGCUACGGAAUUGUGACUGUGCCAACAGGUCCCUGGUACUGCAGAAAAUGUGAAAGUCCAGAAACAAAAGGAAAAGUGCGGUGUGAACUUUGCCCUUCUAAAUCGGGAGCCCUGAAACGUACAGAUACAGGUGGCUGGGCCCAUGUAGUCUGCGCGCUGUACAUUCCUGAAGUGAGAUUCGGCAAUGUCACCUCUAUGGAACCUAUUGUACUCAGACUGAUACCACCGGAAAGAUAUAAUAAGACAUGUUACAUUUGUCAAGAGUCGGGUAAAUCACACAGAGCCACUGCUGGUGCUUGCAUGCAAUGCAAUAAGUCCGGGUGCAGACUUUACGCUCACGUGACGUGCGCCCAACGGCUCGGUUUGCUGUGUGAAGAAGCUGGAAACUACCAGGACAAUGUCAAAUACUGUGGAUAUUGUCAACACCAUUACAGUAAACUGAAAAAAGGCGGCAACGUGAAGACUAUCCCGCCGUACAAGCCUGUGUCACAUGACAGUCAGUCAAGCGAUUCAAGUUGUGAGAAAGAAGGCGAAGCAUCACCCAUGGCUAGUGGCAGUGGAACUCCAACACAUGCAGCUAAGUCUAAGGGGCCUGGCCGAAAAUCAACUCAUACGUCCAACUCAGUGUCUGGAAAAAGUACACCGAGUUCAACCAAAACGCCGACAAACACAAGCCAACCAAUGGAGACCAACCAAGACAGUGCCGAGGUGCCUACAGUUGGACGGAAACACAAAGCGGCUGAUAAAAACAAAAAGAAACCGUCGCCGUCACGUCGCGGGUCGUUAGCGGGCGAUGCGGGCGGCUCCGGCAGCAAGAGUAAUACACCAGCGCCCUCGCCGCAGCACACGGCACCUGAACAUGUGCAGCCGCCGAGUGGUAAAGGCUCAGGUAGUUCAACUCCGGUAAGCACCGCGAAGGUAGCGCCACCUUCCGCUUCGCCAAGUUCUAACAAACCUAUCGAAGCGGUCGGUGUGAUAAGUUCAGUUGCAUCCGUCACAGCAACUUCCGUCUCUACAGUUACAGCAACCCCUGCAAGCACUUCGGCUACUACGUCUGUAGUACAAGCGCCGUCGACCAAGUCGGCAAACUAUCAAGAGACAGUGAUCACAAACACCGACUCAAUGGACACUAAACAAACCAAGAAACGAAAAGCUGUAUCUGCCGCCAACACCCCCACGGUGCCGGUCGAUUAUGCAGCAACACCACCGUCCCAGCAACCAAAUGAUGUCAAUGCUCAGAACAAUACCAGUAUGUGGGAGACUCCUCACAUUCCAAAUGACACUCAGAUGGAUGCAGUCGACAAGAUCAUCAAAAAGGCCAAGACAGAACAAGCUGGGCAGGAGAACCCGCCCGUAUCACAUUUUGCGAGUAUGAGCCCCGCCCCACCUCCGCCACCACCGCCGCCAGCACACAGCCCUGCAUCGCAUCCCAGUCCUAGACAUCUUCCAAGCCCAAUGCCUGGUCCGAGUGGCCUGAACACAAUGUCCAAUAUACGUUCGCCGUCACAGCCACAGGGCGUGAAGGGCGAACGCGACGGACCUGCUUCACUGCUCGUGUCGGUGCCGCUGCCUUCCACCAGCCACGGGCUCAACCUCUCAGCGCACGCACAGGUGUCAGCACCAUCAGAGUUAUGCGGCCCGUCACCACACAUAUUCCACCAGCCACAAAAACAAGCAACGAUGGAGCCGAGUGUACCAGCCCAUUCCCCGCACCCUGUACCUGGACGAUCGUCGUGGGGUGGUCUAAACGUCGGCUAUGAAAUGCAACAGGACCCUAAUAAGCCUGGAGUAAGCGGUGUGGCCGGUCCAAGUAAGGAUGUAAACGUCGCAGUGUCAAUGAUACCCAUGCCCCCAGCGACAAUUCGAAACAAGAAACGCAACGCCAUGGCCACGUCUGUGGUCGCUAUGGCCAACAACCCUGCACCCUCCGCUAUACAAACUGCUACAAAUCAGAAUCUAAGCAACGUGCGUCGCCCACCACAACCCACUCCACCGCCAAUAUAUCAAGAAACAAUUAAAGAUUCUCCGCCGAGCUCGCCCAGUUCUGAACGCCCAUUAAAACCCAAAAUGGAAUCAAACAGGAUAGGUGUGAGCUGCACUGCGCCGCAUAUGCUUGGCAACGAGUUGAAUCCGGAGAGUGGCGCGGCGGCUCGCCUACAGGAACAGUUGAGCGCAGAGCUGGCGGCGCACGCGGCGGGCUCCGCUGGCGUCGACCCACUCGUGCCGCCGCCGCUCAUCAACAAGGCCGCGCCAAACUCCAGUAGCAGCUCAGGACGUGGCAGCUCAUCGGGUGCACAAAGUCUCGACCAGCUACUUGAGAGGCAAUGGGAGCAGGGCUCGCAAUUUCUCAUGGAGCAGGCCCAACACUUUGACAUUGCGUCCUUACUGUCGUGUUUACACCAACUGCGCACGGAGAAUGUUCGAUUAGAGGAGCAUGUGGGCAACUUGUUGCAGAGGCGCGACCACUUGCUCGCGGUCAAUGCGCGCCUCGCUAUACCGCUCACGACCGUGUCCGCUGGACCGCCGGAGCCAAGUCGGUGUACGCGCGAGAACAGUUCGCAGGUCCGCCCGCCGCCACCACCCGUACGUACCUCGGAGACCAUCACGUCCGAGCGAUCGCACCAGCUUAUAAUGCGAGAAGUGCAACAGAAGCCCAGCUGAAAGGAGCCGGGUGGCGGAGGCGGCUCGCCGCCAGCUCCGGGGCCCUCGGGCGCGGAACCCGAGGCGCUCCGCACCGUACAAACGUACAUAAUGCUCGAGCAACGGCGCAGGGCCGACUUCUCCAUCGACUCAAUACUAAAAUUCGAUCACUAGACACACGGACUCGACGGCCUAAAAGCAGCUAGAUUCUACAGAAAACUAAUAACGAGCACAGCGGAUUCACAAGGUGGAAUUAGACUAAUAACAUAGAAGCAGGUAACAUUUGAAAAUUUUUCAUAGAUGUAUUUCGAACAACGAAAUAAUUCUAGUAGUUUACACUGAACAACAUUUCGAUAAGUAAAGAAGGAACAAGUCUGUUCGCUUAGUCUAAUUUCAUCUUUUUUAAUAAAACGCGGUAUGUAUUGUACCAUUCUACAGCUGGGAGUAUUGUUGCACUGCAUUAUAGAUAUUCAUACAAUAAUAUUGAAAUUUAUACAUGCUUAUAUUGAAAUAAGGCUCUGUAAGGGACGUAGUAUGAAAAUAUAUAUUUUUUAACCGUGACUUUACAGUUUAGAAUGUAAUUAACUGACUCAAUUUGAAACAAUUUACUAUUUUAAUAAUAAUUAUUUAUGACAUGUCUACAUUGUAAUUAAUAUGUUUAUUUACACAACACACACUCUACUAAUCAAGAAUAAUUUGAUGAUGAAAUGACAAAUCUAUAUGAAAAACUAAUAACCUACUUUAUUAAAGUCGGUUAAUUAUGUUAAUAAGUAAAGGGGUUUAGAUUUAAACUUGAUAAUUAUGAGAGUUGUAUCUUUAAAAUAUUUAUAUAUUCUGUAUUUUCAAACCAUGUCCCUUCUGAGGCAACUAACGUCAAGUUUUUUUUCUAAAUUUCUUUCUACUUCUAAUUCUAAUCAAAUGAAGACUUCGAUACAUUUAAAUCUCAGUUUGAUAAUUCGUAUGAACAUCUAUGAUGUGGUAAAAUUAGAUAUAAAAUUAUUUUACACAGACGACCAUGCUUCCAAAACUAUUUUUGGACAUCAAUUUCAUGAUUUUUAUGUACUUGGACACAAAUGUUGUAUAUUUUUUGGCUAUAUCUCUAAAUUUUAUAUUACUCUUUUAUAUCAACAACUUUUAUACUUGACCCUACUUCUAAAAUGGUUAUAAAUUUGUAUCCGAGAGCAAAAUAUUGCCUUUAUUGCUAUUCGAAAAAACAAUCCACAACUGGUAAAGUUCUGAUAGUUAUGUGAGCUGAGCUCCAAGCAUAUAUAGUAACAUGAAUGCUUAUUGUAACUAUUUGAGGUUUAGCCUAAGACAUAAAGAAAUACUCAAAUAUUCCGGGUACAGAGAUAAUAUAGGUAUAUAAAUGUAGGUAACAAUAUAUACUUAUAUUAAUUCUGUUAUAUAGGCUCUUAAAUGGCGGUUAUGGAACUAAUAAGUAUAUUAAAAAUGUCUCUGCUUUCGGAUAGUAAAAGCUAUUCGGAUCGUGUUCUAUCUUGAAAACCCAUUAGAAUGGAUUUGUUAGCAAUCAAUAGCAAUAUUAGAAAAAAGAACGACAAUUACGGAAACCGCUACGGUAUUGGAGCUUGAGAGAGUUUCGGUGGUGAAAGCUCUAAAACACUAAAUAGAGAAAUAAUAAGAGGUUGCUGAUUCUUUUACGCCCCCAAAAGAACUAAACUGCCAUAUCUAGUUCUCUCCACAUUAUAUUAUUUAAUUUUUAAAAGCCUUCACGACUAAAUGUGGCAAUGUCUGAGUUUUUUAUCAAUUUUCAAAAACAUGCGAAUUUCCAAUUUUUGAUUGAUUAUUUAUAAAAGCGAGUUAAAACUUUAAUCAUAGAAAAUAUAUACAAAUAAACAUGUUGCAUUAAACAUUUUACACCUAUUAAAUAUUUGGCUUCUGAAAGUCUUUGAAUACAUUUAUGACAUCAAAAUCCAAAUUUGUGAUCAUUAUUAUAUUUUAAUUCGCUAUUAGAGUACGUUUUAAAUAAUAGUCAAUUAAAAUAAUUGAAUUAUUUUUUAUUGUUUGAAAAUGGAGAUAUAUAAAUCCAAUAUUGCCAUAUUUUGAUAUAUAUAUAUAUAUAUAUAUAUAUAUAUAUAUAUUCUUAAAGCGUAACCAUUUAUAGUCAUAUACGUUUAUUACUAGUAAAAUUUUUUAUAGUAUGAGUAAUACACUUAAAUGGGCAAAAAAGAUCUUUACAAAUAAAAAUAUUAAACUUUUAACUAGUCAUUUGCCAUGUUUACCUACUGCAUCAUUACUGUGCAAUUGAUUUAAUAAAAAUAAUAAAUUCCUAAGACAAACCAAGACAUUAAUUUGAUGUGUAUAUAUUUGUAGCAAUGUAUCAUCUCGUGAUUAAUAGACGCACUCAACCGGCUGCUUAUUUUAUAUUUUGUUGUUAUCAAUAGUUUAAAUUUAAAUUACUUUUAAAGUAAAUCGAUGUACACUAUUUAUUACUAUUUAUUUAAUACUGAUUUAGAUGACAUCUUAUAGGAAUGAUAGAAAUAAUUAUUUUAUUUUUACUACAGUUAUUAAUAUAAGUCAGAAAGUAGCAUCACAGUCGCGUGAACUUCCAGUUCGUUACAAGAAUUGUUUACAAUAGUAAACAAAUGAUUAAUUUAUCAGAUUGAUUUAUAGCCAAAAUCUCGUUUUAGAUAUUAUUUAAUACCCCUGACACAAAUUGCCUCGUGCAAAGGCCUAAAGAAUGUUAGAAGACAAAACUGUCUUCAGAUACAUAUAACACAUCUCGCCCCCUUCUAUUCUGUAUUUUUUUCUGUCUAGCUUAUCCAUUCUCCUCCAUUUCCACAUUGUACACAUAUAAAUUUUUUAAAUGGAAUAUCUUCGCUUUGAGGUUCUAUGAAUUUAAUUGUUCUCAGUAAAAUAUGAAUUUGAUAUGUUGAAAUUUGAAAAAAAGUAACAAACAUAUGUUAGGCUGGCUCUACUUACAUUCUUGCAUUUUAUUUUUAAUAAUUUAAAUUCAUUGCUCUUACCUAACCCUUUAUUUUUUAUAUUUUUUAUAAUUAAAAAAAAAUCUGUAUAUUAAGCAACCUUGAAAGUGACUAAAUUUAUUUUAUCCCUUGACCACGGAAUUAAUUUUAUUACUAAAAUAAGAAAGUUUUCUUAAAGAACCGUUUCGAUUGCAUGUUCCCUUUUAGUUGUAACCGAGUAGUCAAAAUACACUUAUCAACAACAAAAUGUUCGUAUUAGUGUUUGUAAUGAUAUUGAAUGUUGUUACUAUUAUAAUCUGUGGGCUAUUUAACUUUUACAUGGGUGUUCAAUGUUAUUUCAAUGUGUUAUAAUUUAUAUUUACCCUAAUUAAGAGGUAAUUACACUAGUGCGCUUUCAAAUUAUGUAAAGGCUAUUGAGUUCAGGCAUGCUUUCAAUGCAUACAACACUUGCAUACUACGAUAUGGUAAAAAAGCAUGAUUAUAGUGUGGUUAUGCAUUGCAAACGUUGAAAAGGAUUACAAAUGCAUUUUAGUCUUUAAUGCAUGCACUCUUAGUAUCGCGCAUCUUGUGUCCACAGCGUAUACACUUCGUAAGAUGAAAGGGUACCAGUGUGCGUUCACACACGAGUCACAGCAUGGCUUAUCCGUACAGAAUAUAAGUAGCGUCCCGUAGUACGAGAACCAUGUCUUUUACUACGCGAUUAAUGCUGCAUUCUAUACAAUUAUAUAUAUACUAUAACUCGUGUACGAAGGCACUUAAUAUAAUAUUAAAAUGGCAUGUUGGGUUUCUUCCAAGCUGUCAUCUUAGAAGGAGCUCACCAUGGUACUGAAACGAUCCAAUGUAUCGUGUAAAUUUGUAAUACUUAAUACCUGCUAUUGACAUCACCACAUUUGCAUAAUUUAUAUUUAAGUCAUAUUUAUUAACUUUAAAUAGAUAUAUUUAUUGAUUAUAUUACUUUACACGUGUUAUCACAUUAGUGUUCUAAAAGGAGUUUGAUUAAUUUACAGCAAAUUUGUUUUUUUUUAUACAUUUGACAACCAUACCUAAUAAGUGUUAUAAUUUAAUCUAGACAUGUUGUAACUAAUAAAGAGGUAAUGAGCGUAUAUCCGACCACUUUAAUUUAGAUUACUAAAAUUACAUAUGACAAUUAAUCAAUAAAAUAAGCAAAUGAACUCGGAAAAAAAUAAUCGAGUGAAAAAAAAAACAAGAUUUCAAUAUUGUAAUCAUAUUUUAAAUUCGGAAUUAAUAAUUGCCAAAUAAUUAUGACAGAAUAAUAUGCAUCACCAUAAAUUUGAAUUUAUGAUUUUAUUGUCUCAUAUUCUAUAGUAUUUAUAGAAUGAGAUCAAAGCUAUUAGUGGUAUUUAAAACUAACAAUGCUACUCUAUGAUUGAUAGUAAUUAACUAGUCAAAUAAAAUAAGUCACUUUAAAUCCUUAAUAAACAUAAAAAUUACAAAUUAUUAUAAAUACAUUGAACAAAGCCUGUUUAUCUGAAGUUGUUAAUUAAUAUUCAAUUAUUUUGUAUUUACACACAGCAUACAUCCAUCGUUUUUGCUAUAUUACAAACAACUGUAUACAAUACCUCCCAUAUCGCGGUGAUUUAGAAAAAUCUAUGACUACUUCAGUAAAUAAAAUAAUUUAUUUAAAUAAUUUAAUAAGCAUCACAUAUAAGUAAUCUUAUAUAUAAAAUUCUCGUGUCACGGUGUUUGUUAUCAAACUCCUCCGAAACGGCUUUACUGAUUUUUAUGAAAUUUUGUGUGCAUAUUGGGUAGGUCUGAGAAUCGGCCAACAUCUAUUUUUCAUACCCCUCAAUGAUAAGGGUGACCCUCCCCAAAAAAUUUUUUUUUAAAUUUUUGACAAAUUUUACCAUUUUUAUUUUAUUAUGAUUUAGCAUUGAAAAAUACAUACAACCUCAAAUUUUCACCGUUUUACGAUCAACUCCUGUUUUUUAAUCGCGAUUUUUAUAUGCUGCAAUAGGGUUGCAAGAUGGCAAUCCAAUAUAAUAACUGUAGCAGGAUAAAUUUUCAUGUAACUUUUAAAUUCAAAUUUUUAGAACUACUAAAAAUAAUGUAUAUGGUAAAACAACGUUUGCCGAGUCAGCUAGUUUUUAUAUAUAUUUCAGACUUAGAUGAAUAUGUUUAAAAAACCCAUUAGUUUAUUUACAAAAUAUAAAGGAGUAUAAGACUGGCCAUAAAAUAAAAUAAAAAAAACUUUGACCAGGUAUGAAUUCAAUGUGCAAUUAAAUUGGUAUUAUUUUAAACAGGCCUUGUUUGUGUAAAAAUGAAUUUGAUAAUGAACGAUAUAAUGUGGAUUAAUGAUUAAUCCGCUAAAUAUUUUUCGUUGUUUAGAUAUAUCUGUAUAUAUUAUUUUCUUCUAAAUUUGCCACGUUUACUACACGUGAAUUGUCUUCGUGUCGACUGUUUAUUGUUAUGCUGAUAACCAUUUAAACUAUAUUUUAUUAUUCCCUGAAAGCUAGCAUAAUAGCGGCGGGAAUUGCCUGCUAAUGUAACUUUUAUCAUAAUAUAUUUACAGUCACAAUUUUUCCCUAGUUGUAAAUACCAGUGAUGACUUUAUUUUCAUCAUAAAUCAUAUUUAAAAACCUUUACAAUUUGUUUUAAGCACAUACGUUUUGAACUUGUAGGUAUUACACUUUUACAUUGUAGUACUUACACAGGGUAUCGUGAAUGCAAUAUUUUAAAAACAUCAACAAUUUUUUCUAACUUAUACACUUAGUAAGUUUAUAAUUUAUACAACUAGAUUUUUUUUUGUGUAAAUAUUGUUUCAAAACUAUAUUCUACUAUCUGUAGUAUUGUGUUUAGGUUUAAUUUAAGCUUGACUCGUAUUUUACAUACGUACACAUAUACAUUUUCCUUUAUUUUAAAUAACCAACAGACAUUCAAUCACCAAAGUUGGACCAAUAAUAUAUCAUUGGCAUGAAAUCAUUCAUCACAAUUUCUAAUAUGUUUAUAGACGAAAUUAAAUAUGGAUUCAGCGCCGCGCAUUAAACAAUUAUACAUAUAAUGCACAAUUAUGUAUAUUAGACUUUAAAUAACUUUUAUUAUAAUAUGGUCGUAAUAUAACAUUGGCGAGCUGUCUCUUUUUGCAUGCUUAACUUGUAAUAACUCGAAAUUCUAUUUUUGUUUCGUCUAUGAACGUCAUUAUCAUCCAGACAUAACAAUUAUGACGAUAAUGAUGUGUUGUGUUAUUUUUUAACGAUAUUUGACUUAGAUAUGCACAAAAUAAAUUUAUUUUUAGUUUGUAACUUUUAAGUCCAAUCCAGUAAUUCUAUUCUUAAGAUCUGUAUUUACUUCUUUUUUUUUUAUUUAGUCGUGACAUAAAUGAAAUAUUGUGUUCGGAAACGGAAUUUUUGUUUAAUACUUAUAAUAAUUGGUCAUAUUAUUCUUUAUUUGUUAAUAAAUGUAAUUUAAGUUUUACUUUAUAAGUACGAAAGAUUAAUUUACAUGUAUCGCCAGUUAUACCAAUAUGUUUUUAAUAUCACCCAAGUGCAUGUUAUAAAAGUAUACGUUACAAAAUAGAUGGGCGGCUAUAGAUUAACAAACAUCUAACGUUGUAAUACACUUUUGUUAAAUUUGCAGAAAAAUUAAUUGAUAUACAAAUAAUAACCCAGUGGUGCACUGGAUUAGGUUUGUACAUUACAACGAUAAAAAAAAAUAGAAAAUAGUUCGUAUUCAAGCGAAUGUUUUCCUCAUUUCUAACAACGUUUGUAGUCAAAUGUGACUCAUGUGUUGCCCUAUGGUAGUAAUAUAUUUCUUCAAUUUAAAUCCGGAACAGUUUUAAGUGUAACUUUUGUAUGAGAUUGUGAGUUCUUUUUUACAAGUAUCAAUGUAUUCAUUUAAAAUGAAGCAUUCCGGCAUUACCUUCUCGUAUAAACAACAAUCAUCUGUCACGGAUACAUGGUAUAACUGGCAUUUUAUGUUAUAUAACCACUAUUUAUUUUAGUGGUAAAACUCUAUUUCCAUUUUUUUUUAUCACUUUCAUUUUUACGUUUAGUUUCAUAGGGUUUAUUAUUUGUAUUUUUAUUUCUUUGAGCCGAGUGGUCAGUUCAACUGAAUGCGCAAUGAAUCGGUGUUUAGAUAAUUUAAUCAUAGUCUAAUUUAAGGCCAAUGUAAACUUCUAAGGAAGUGAUCUCAGUCGAUUGUACUGAUUUGUAACGUGGUCAAACGAACCAAUUUUUAGUGAAGUAAACCAUUGUAUAUGUAUUUGACGGCUGAAUGUGGCCAGCUCUUGUGUGAUUCUCGAUUUAGUGUUGCCGAAUAAUCGAUUAUCAAUUAAUCGAGUAUAUUGGUAUUGUUGAUUAAAUCAAAAAUUUCGAUAUGAAGUACUGAUACUAAAGAUCAAUCGAUACUAUUAAUCGAACUAUCGAUUAGUAAUCGUUACUAAUCUAUUAAUAGGCAACACUAAAUUUCUUAGCUGCAGCUUCUAAAGCGACACUCGAGCUGGCUACCCUUUUAUUCAAAUAUAAGAAAAACCACAGAAACUGAACACGGUACUGUAAGAGAGCGCCUAAAUUGUACAAAUUAAUUUGUAUUUUUAAAACUUAAUUGUAAUUUAUAUCGUCUGUGAUCCAAAUACUACCGGUUGUCCUGUCUGUUAAUUUUUUAUCUACUUUGACUACAUCGUAGAUACCGCAAUUUUUACUUUAUACGUCUAAUUUUUAUACGUCUAUUAAAUUAACAUCUGUGGAACUGUUUUACUAACGAUAUACAUUUUAUUUCGACGUUAACACUAAAAUAUGAUUCGACAGUUUUAACUGUGUACUUUUAAAGUAUUUAAUAUAUACAUUUUUGUCAUUUUAAAAUCGACGCUUACAAAUAAAUACAUUAGACACUGCACUAGAUUAACCUAUAUCGCUGGAUAUAUCUAAUCUCUAAGUGAAUUUGUAUUUUAUAAAUACAAAUUUAACAUUAAAUUUUGUUCUAAAAUAUUAUCUGGAUAUGCGACUAAAUUAUGCAAUAAUCAUCAUUACCAUAUCAACCGUCAACUCUCCAUUGCUGAAAAUAGGCCCCUUGAAGAGUUUUGGAGAGCCAUCGUAUAGAAAGUAUAGAAUUGGCCACCCGUUCUUUUCUAGUUGGUGUCGUAGAUUAUGUAAAUAGAGUACUAAAUAUUCUUAUUUGAAACCAGCAAAACUCAGUUUCUAACGACUUGUCAUUUAAUAGCUAUCAACAACAACCAUUAGCACUAUCAAAUAAUACAUCAUUUAAGUAGUUACAAGCGAAAUUAUACAAUUCUUAAUUAAAACUGUCGAAUGUUAUACAAAUAAUCAGUUUAAAUCUAUUUCAAUUUGUCAUAUUUAAAGUUUACAUGUAGAUUGUCACAUUGAUUACAACUGUAACAGCCAGCAAAUGCCUCUAACUACCCAAUUAGAGAUUAUAGUUAUAAACAUAUUUUGUUUAAAUUAAUAUUGUUAAUAACUCUUAUAUAAUCCAGUCACAGGUGAUCAAUUUGCUGGUAUAUUUAACCGCCCUCUUACAGUAAGUGAUAAAUUUGUGAACUAAAAUAACUGAAGACAUGAAUGGAUGGAGAUGUUAGAAGGUGCUAUGUGUAUACUAACAUAACUUAUAUAACGAUUACUGUAACAUAGUUGUUAAUAUGCAUAUAGCACCAUAUAAUUGUAAAAAUCCGAAAAUGCGACCUCAUACAUUCAUGUCUUUAAUUAUAUCUGUAAAAGAGCCAAUAAGGUCAGUUCUGAAGCGUCCUUUUUUUAUCUCUAAACAAUUUUAGUUUAAAAAUGCAGCGAAAUUUUACUUACAAUGACCACAAUGAAUGAAGUUUAUAAUAGACUAGCUUUUGUCCGCUACUUCAUACUUCGGAAAUAGGAGAAACAAUUAAAUAAACUUUCUUCUAGAUAAAAUAUACACCACAUUUUGAGUCUGACCUUCAGAAAUACAACUACUAACGCCACAUCAAAUUUCCUGCAAUCUUUUUUUCGUGAACCGUAAUAAUGUACAAAGUUUUAAAAAAAUAUAUUGUUUCGGUUUCUUUUGCUCUUUAAACCACAUUCUACAAUUUUUCUAUAAAAGAUUUCCGUGUACCAUCAUUGUCAUCGAUUAAAUGAUUCGGAAUUACGUUAAUUUCAGCUCUUUAUGGCCCAUACUGUAAUAGUAAUUGUAAAUUUAGACAUAAAUGUAGGGCAUGGAAGAGAUAGGUUUUGCCACAAAAUCAGUCCCAACGAGGUCAAUUCUGUAACGUCAUUUGCCUAUAUCUAUUUUUUAAUAUUUCGUCUUUAAUCUAUUAGAAAUUUAAUUCACACUGGUUCUUAUAAUUAAUUAUUUCGUUGUUAUUAAUUUAACAUUAAGUUUAGAGUAACAGCGCCUUAGAACCGACUCUAUUGUCUCACUGUCGAUAUAGUAAACUGUCCUAAAUACCAAUUUUGUCAUAACGAUGCAUUUAACAUUAAGUAAUGAUAAAUUGAGUAUCUUCAGCUGUCACCAAACAUACUAGUUGAUUAAAUAAUUUUUUCGGGGA